AGUUUGAAUAGACCGAGGAUCAGGUAUUUUCCGUCAUUUUAACGGUUCAGGAUAACCUGAAGCAGUGGUGUCCUUUGCUGUCGUUAUACACGACCGUUUUUAUCAGGUACCAUGGACAGGAUAACGAAUUCAGAUCAGCCGGAUUUUGUGGACCCUGACCAGAUUUACAGGUGUAUUACAUGUAAAGAUGUACUAAAGGACCCUUACCAACUGGUGUGUGGACAUCACGUUUGUGCGGACCAUCUAAAUACUAUGUUUGUCAACAACAACUUCAUUCACCUGUCCUGAUCAGACGUGUGGCUUUGUUAGUGAACACAGUCAGGUGUUUCUUGACGUAAGCCGGAAGCGGGAGAUCACGUGUCUGCUCGUCCGGUGUCCGUAUCGUAAUAUCGGAUGUCAGGAGAUCGUGGAAUGGAGGAAUCUCCAGAAACAUCGUGAGAUGUGUUGCCUUACAACUGUGGAGUGCACCAACAAGUGUGGCGAAACGUCCAUCCCUCGCGGUCAGGUGAGUGACCAUCUUCUGAAGUGUCCGCUCAACCCAAGUGUCUGUCCUUAUUUUGACCAAGGCUGUACAUUUAAGGGAACCGAUCAGGAAGUAAAGGAACACGAAGAGAAGAGUGUCUCCCUCCAUCUGUCCAUGGAAACGUCACUGCGUCGCGAGAGGGAGGCGAGGGACGAGAAGGUCAAUACAGAGCUUAAGAGACAUAUGUGUAACUUGGUGGAAAUGUUUGUAAAAAAGGAAGAAGAUAACCAGGAUCUACGGGAACAACUUACGAAAGCCAGAGCGGAGUUACGAGAUAUGAAGAAGCUCAUGGCGGGAUACGGGGAGAUGAACAUCAGUAUGAAGCGGAGGAUGGAGGACCACGUGACCAAAGAUGUCACUGAUAAACUGUCGAAUGACGUCACCACAUUAAGGAACGCUCUGACAACAAGUAUGGAGAGAGUGACUUUCCUAGAAAGGGCAGGACCUGUACCGGGACUUACAGCCGGUCCGACGUUUACUCAGCUGGAGCGACAAUUGGAUCUAAAUGACUCUAAACUGAACAAGCUUGACUUAGAAAUCAGGCUCAUGGAAACAGCUGACCACACAGGGACUCUCAUGUGGAAAGUAUCAGACUUUGCACGACGGACACAGGAAGCCAUUUCCGGAAAGACGCUUUCACUUUAUAGUCAGCCAUUUUACAGCAGUCGCUAUGGUUACCGCAUGUGCGCGCGGGUAUAUUUGAACGGUGAUGGAGCCGGUAAGGGGACGCAUCUGUCAUUCUUCUUCGUUUUAAUGAAGGGGGACUUUGAUGAACUGCUGCACUGGCCUUUUAAACAACAGGUGACUCUGAUGUUGCUCGACCAGAGUGGUACAGGACAGGACAUCCGCGAGACUUUUGUACCGACACCUAACGGAAACAGCUUUCAGCGUCCACAAACCGAAAUGAAUGUGGCAUGUGGUGUUCCUCGUUUCUGUCACCUCGAUAGACUUGAGUCGGAUAUGUAUCUCAGGAACGAUACUAUAUUCCUGAUGGCGAAGAUCGACUGUAAGGACCUGCGAGUGUUGUAGUCUAGAUGUGAUCUAAAUGGUCGCUCUGCUGUUCUCUGUAAACCCGUUGUGAACACCAUACUGAUGCCUAUGUUUAAAAUACACCUUCUGGUCCAUGUCCACCUCUCCUUUGAUACUUUAUGUAAAGUAUACAUUUCUAUCUGUCAUAUACUAUCAUUGUAUUAGCAUUGGGAUGUACCUAACUAAAAUUGUAUCUAUUCCUGUUCGUUAUUUGUCAUCAACUAUACUCUCAUAUCUUAAACAGCUUUGUACAUGUAUUACUAUCCUGAUGCUUUAGGGGUGAAGUCGGAUUAGAUGUUUGUAGCACACCUAACCCAAAGGGCUAAUGAGCUUAUGGAAUAGCGCAGCAUCCGUAGUCCGCUUGUCAACAUAAAAAAAAUCGCUACUCAUCACAAACGACUAAGAGGAGUUUCACCAAGUUUGGUCAGUAAACCUUACAGUUAGCGGUAUAAAAUUUUGAAUAAAUAGUAGGGUGGCAAACUGGUGAAAACAUGGCAAAGUCCUUCUUCGUUAGGAUUGACAGGAUUUUAGCAAAAUUUGGUCAGAAGAACAUGGGUAAAGAGGGUACUUUUAUAUAUAAAUGUUUUACCUGGCCACUAUGGGACCUGAGGGGCGGGGCCCAAUAUGGGAAAUACAUUUUAUAACAGAUUCUUUAAAAUCCUUCUAUUUUUGUAGGAAUGUCAGGGUUUGUCUGAAUUCUUUGGCUCACCAAUUGUUGGAGGGACACGACACACAAAGAGAAGAGUAGAGAUAAAGUUGUUUAAACUUUGUCUGAACGGCUUGGAAUUUUGAUCGAAUUGGUUUAUAUGAUUAUUUGGCCGGGAGAGAAGAGGGAAUGGCUCGCCAGCAGUUAAAGGGCGGGUCUCAUUGCAAGAAAGGAAUUCCUUUCUUCUUUAUAGAUAUAGAGUUAUCGGUCAGAUUUGGUCAAGCAUCCUUAGGCAACAUGGUCUGAAUAAUAUAUGGUUUAACUUAAAAUACUAUUUCCCCAGAGGCAGAGGAAUGGGUUCAGUAUUAAGGAAGACAAAAUUGGUCAUUAAAAUUUAAUGUUUCUCUUCUUGAUUAAUUCCAAUCAGUGGCAGAUUUUAAACCGAUAUACAGUUUUUGUAAUAAAUCUAUAAUGAAAGUGUUUACAACACAGGCUCUUUGGGUCUCUUACUAAAAUGUGUAUAACUCCUUUUUAAGUACUGUUGUGUUCACUGUAAAGUUCAAGCUAAAUAUUUACUUAUCCGGGUAGAUACCUAUAUCAGUAAUAAAUUUCAUUGUUUGUGUCAAGAGAUAGUAGCUGGACACCCCUGUGGUCGGGGAACGAAAUGUGGGAAAGAUGCGAGUAAUAUGGCCACCCCUUGUAGAUUCCAGGAUUUUAUUUCGUGUCGUGUUGGCAUAUGUAAUGUGACCCAAAUAUACCUGUUACAUCCUUACAACAUCGGUUAUUUGCAUUUCUCUAUUCUCUCUAACAACCUGUUUCCAUCCUGAUGCUUAUUUGGCAAAAUCAUACUUUUGGUUGUAAUGCUGACGUUAGUAGGGUAAGCUAAAUGUUUGUCGGAGGCAAAUUCUCUACAAUUCGCACUUAGAACUCUAUGAUAGACGUUUAGCUUUAAUGUCGACGGUAAUGACUAAUUAGCUCGUCGUAAUGCUCCAUUACAUCCGGUAUUGGUAUUUCAGUGUGACAACACUAUAAAACAACCGGAAGUAGCUCCAUCGUCCGACUUAGCUAAGGAUGUACAUACACCAGUAAAAACUGCUCCAGUUCAAUAACGUUACUUGAAUCGUGUACAGAUGUGUAUCUCCUGUCAGAACAAGCCCUUUCUCUCGCUUCUUGUCCAUGCUUGUUUUGGAGCCCGGCCUCUCAAUCGCGUUGACAGAUUAGCUGUUAAACACAGAGGCCCCACCCCAGGGACGCGCCUGGAUGGCACACCGAUGACAGAUCGAGAUAUAUUUGGUGGUUAGUCUGCUAAUCAUGAGGACUGAAUCACGCGGUCGAUCACGAUGGAGACGCACGUGCCUGAUUGAAAUACUCACGAGACGCAUGUGUCUGGCAGACGAUCACAAAUCAGUGAUAGUUAAACUUCAUCAACCUAUCUUCGAGAUGUAAUUUCUCUCAGUAGGAUUCCGGAAGUGGAAGUUGUUUCGGCCAUAAGAAUAUAUCGGUCGACUAUUGUGAACAUUUCUAAAUGAUAACUGAAGUCCUUUCACAUACGUGUACGUUGUACACCACAACACGUAUAUGAGAGACUAAAAGGAAAGGAGAAAUUUUCUGAAAAUAGCUUACAUUUUUUUUUGUGACAGGAAACGAUGUCAUAAUUUUCUUUGUAGUGUUUGGAACAGUAUCAUUGUUAUUCUCUCCGUGCAAUUGCUAUUGUACAUGUGUAGCACGGCUGUCGUAGAUUUAUUGUAAAAUUAAUGUCGUAAUAGUAAAGUCGUGUAACAGUCAGAUCACAGUUUGUAUAAUUGCAUAAUUGUGUUACAGGCUAAAUUAUGCGAUGACCGUGUUACGACUUUAACAGUCGGACGAUAGUCGUGUAACAGUCGGACGAUAGUCGUGUAACAGUCGGGCGAUAGUCGUGUAACAGUCGGACGAUAGUAGUGUAACAGUCGGGCGAUAGUCGUGUAACAGUCGGACGAUAGUGGUGUAACAGUUGGACGAUAGUCGUGUAACAGUCGGGCGAUAGUCGUGUAAUAGUCUCGGACGAUAGUUCGUGUAACAGUCGGGCGAUAGUCGUAUAACAGUCGGACGAUAGUCGUGUAACAGUCGGACGAUAGUAGUGUAACAGUCGGACGAUAGUAGUGUAACAGUCGGACGAUAGUAGUGUAACAGUCGGACGAUAGUCGGGUAACAGUCGGGCGAUAGUCGUGUAACAGUUGGACGAUAGUCGGGUAACAGUCGGGCGAUAGUCGUGUAACAGUCGGACGAUAGUAGUGUAAUAGUCGGACGAUAGUAGUGUAACAGUCGGACGAUAGUAGUGUAACAGUCGGGCGAUAGUCGUGUAACAGUCGGACGAUAGUAGUGUAACAGUGGGACGAAUGUCGUGUAACAGUGGGACGAUAGUCGUGUAACAGUCGGACGAAUGUCGUGUAACAGUGGGACGAUAGUCGUGUAACAGUCGGACGAUAGUCGUGUAACAGUUGGGUGGUAGUCGUGUAACAGUCGGACGAUAGUCGUGUAACAGUCGGACGAAUGUCGUGUAACAGUCGGACGAUAGUCGUGUAACAGGUUGGACGAUAGUCGGGUAACAGUCGGACGAUAGUCUUGUAACAGUUGGACGAUAGUCGUGUAACAGUUGGACGAUAGUCGUGUAACAGUCGGGCGAUAGUCGUGUAAUAGUCUCGGACGAUAGUUCGGGUAACAGUCGGGCGAUAGUCGUGUAACAGUUGGACGAUAGUGGUGUAAUAGUCUCGGACGAUAGUUCGGGUAACAGUCGGGCGAUAGUCGUGUAACAGUUGGACGAUAGUGGUGUAACAGUCGGACGAUAGUCGUGUAACAGUUGGACGAUAGUGGUGUAACAGUCGGACGAUAGUCGUGUAACAGUCGGGCGAUAGUCGUGUAACAGUCGGACGAUAGUCGGGUAACAGUCAGGCGAUAGUCGUGUAACAGUCGGACGAUAGUCUUAUAACAGUUGGACGAUAGUCUUGUAACAGUCGGACGAUAGUCUUGUAACAGUUGGACGAUAGUCAGGUAACAGUCGGACGAUAGUCGUGUAACAGUAACACGAAUGUUCUACGAAAAACAUAGAACUUUCGUAUCACAACUUGUAUGUCUUGUGACAAUCGUUUGGAGUUUGCACAUCCUAUAAACUGACUUAACCUAUUUACAAACGUACGUUUAUCGCAAUGUUCAAUUACAUUUAGGUUUGACGUUUUCUAUGAUAUUGACAGAAGAGCACACUAAACCAAUUCCAAUCUGUAAAACUUUUAUAUACUUCUGCAUUAAAUGUUCUCAUUCGUCAUGAUUGUUGUUCUGAUAUACCAGAGUUACUUCCCUUCGAUUCAAUGUGUUAAACAAGAGUUACUUCCCUUCGUUUAAAUGUGUUAAACCAGAGCUUAUUCCCUUCGUUUCAAUGUAUUAGACCAGAGUUACAUCCCUUCGUUUUUAUACGUUACAUCAGAGUUACUUCCAUUCGUUUCUAUGUGUUAAACCAGGGUUACUUCCCUUCGUUUCGUUCUGUUGUACCAGAGUUACUUCCGUUUGUUUCGUUCUAAUGUACCAGAGUUACUUACUUCCGUUCGUUUUAAUCUGUAAUACCAGAGUUACUUACCUCCAAUCAUACCAGAGAUACUUAAUUUCGUUCGUUUCAAUCUGUAAUACCAAAGUUACUUCCCUUUGUUUUAAGAAUCUUCCCUUCAUCUCAAUCUGACAAAUCAUAUUGUAGUGUCACUAUAAGACCUGUUUAUAGUUAUAUUUAGAUUAUCAGUGAGGUAUUGUCUUACCAUUCAUCUGUUAUUAGUGUAAUUCUGUGUAUAUAAUAAGGUGUAUUUAGAUUAAAGGAUAAAAACAA